GCGCUGCGCACUCUCGCCGCCGGCGCGCUCACUGAGUGACUCAGUGGAAGGGUUUGGGAUUGACCUCCGGAACCAACCGUCACCUUCCCGGCCAGAAACAUGUCCAAACUGGAGCAAAUCCUCGUCUUAGACCCUCCGAACGACCUGAAAUUCAAAGGUCCUUUCACAGAUGUCGUCACUGCAAACCUGAAGCUAAAGAAUCCUUCAGAGAAGAAAGUAUGUUUCAAAGUGAAGACCACAGCGCCGCGCAGAUACUGCGUACGGCCCAACAGCGGGAUCAUCGAGCCCGGAGCCACGCUCACCAUCUCAGUUAUGCUGCAGCCGUUUGAUUACGACCCCAACGAGAAAAGCAAACACAAGUUCAUGGUGCAGGCCAUCUUCGCCCCUGGAACCCUCUCAGACACAGAAGCCUUGUGGAAAGACGCGAAACCAGAUGAGCUCAUGGACUCCAAACUCAGAUGCGUGUUUGAGCUGCCGUCUGAAAACGAUAAAGUGAACGACGUCGACGCUCCUGCUAAAUCUGCUAGCGUGCUAAACUCCUCUAAAGCGGACGGGUCGCUGCCACCCAAACCCGCCAGCGCCGCGCUGGACGACUCGGAGAAGAAGAAGGUUCUGGAGGAGUGCAAACGCUUGCAGAGCGAGGCCAUCAAGCUGAAAGAGGAGAACCGCCAGCUCAAGGACGAGGGUUUGAGACUGAGAAAGUUCCAGCGCAGCGAACACGCGACGACCAAUUCCAGGUCUCCGAUUGGCCGAGAGUCCACGACCAGUUCGCUCCCCUCACUGCUGGUCGUCAUCGCCGCCAUCUUCAUCGGCUUCUUCCUCGGAAAGUUCAUCCUGUAGGCGAAGGCGGAUCUGACGAACGGUUUCGACACGAGCGAUCGAUGGUGUUGACGAAGUUUGGCCCGCAUCAUCAUCAUCAUCACCCCGACGGGCCGACCGGCGACUCCAUCUUUGUUUGUUUUGGUUCACAUGCUGUUUUCUGUCGAGGAAUGGACGUUACGAACUGGUUUAUUAGGACGGAUGAAGGCGAAUCCCCCCCAAACUCCCAUCUUAGUUUGACUAAAACGAUUGAAAAGUGUAAAUGUCAUCAUUUUUAAUCCUUCCAUCCAAAACGAAAGAGCAUGUGCUGAUGAUGUCAUCACCGCGCGACACGGGUGCCUCCUGUCCUUCACGUGUACAUUUGUUCUUCUUCUCUGUUACUAACAAUACCAAUGCAGACUGUUUUAUUACUGUAAUUAUCAUUUAUGAAUUCUAUUAUUAAUGUACUUUCUUCUCUGAACUGCAUUUAUCCACACAACUGUUCACCGACGUCUUCACGUCACUGUCUCAUACUCGACGACAUUGAAGAAAUAAACGGGAAAAAAUAUAUACAUUUUGUGUC